AUGAUCAGAUCUGCCCUGCAGAACACAUAUAUUAAAGCUUGUUUGAAUCCUACUCGUACAACCACUAUUAGAAAAUUCACCAUGUCCACUGCUCUCAAAUCAUUCGUCACCUCUGUCGACAUCCCAAAGCUCAAGGAUCCCUCUUUGUUCAAGGAAUCUGCCUUCAUCAACAAUGAAUGGACCAACAAGAACGUUAGCGAAACGUUUACAGUGCUCGACCCUGCUACAGAUAAGGAGAUUGGCAAGCUGCCUGACAUGGGCAGCAAGGAGACCAAGGAAGCUAUCCAAGUUGCCUCUGAUGCAUUCAAGUCAUGGUCCAAGACCACUGGUAAGGAACGUCAUGACCUCUUGCUCAAGUGGUAUCGCGCCAUGAUGGAGAACCAAGAUGAUUUGGCUACCAUCUUGACUUGGGAAAACGGCAAGACCUUGCCCGAGGCCAAGGGUGAAGUCGCUUACGCUGCUUCCUUCUUUGAGUGGUUUGGUGAAGAAGCCGUUCGUGCUUAUGGUUCUGUGAUUCCUUCUCAUAUCCCUGGACAACGUUUUGUCACUAUCAAGCAACCUGUUGGUGUGGUCGGUAUCAUUACGCCUUGGAAUUUCCCUGCUGCUAUGAUUACCCGUAAGGUCGGUGCUGCUUUGGCUGCUGGCUGUACUGUGGUUAUCAAGCCUGGUGCUGAGACUCCCUACUCUGCAUUGGCUUUGGCUGAACUCGCCAAGCGCGUUGGUAUUCCUGCUGGUGUUGUUAACAUUGUCCCUACUGAUAAGCAUGUCGCUGAUGUGGGCAAAGAAUUGUGUACCAACCCCAUCGUCAAGAAAAUUUCAUUCACUGGCUCUACUGCUGUCGGUAAACUUUUGAUGUCUCAAUCAUCAGGUACCAUGAAGAAGGUCUCUAUGGAACUUGGUGGUAAUGCUGCUUUCAUUGUCUUUGAUGAUGCUGACGUAUCUGCUGCUGUUGAUGCCAUCAUUGCCUGUAAAUUCAGAGGAACCGGCCAAACUUGUGUUUCCGCUAACCGUAUCUACGUCCAAAAGAAUGUCUACAAGGAGUUCUCUACUCGUCUCGCUGAAAAAGUCAAGCAAUUCCAAGUUGGCCAUGGUUUCGACAGCAAGACAACUCACGGUCCUCUCAUCAACUCCAAGGGCAUUGACAAGGUAAAGUCUCAUGUCGAAGAUGCUGUUAGUAAGGGUGCCGAGGUCUUGGCUGGUGGUGAACACAAGGGCGGUAACUUUUUCGCACCUACUGUUCUUUCCAACAUGACUGCCGAGAUGAAGAUUCACACUGAAGAGACAUUUGGUCCUGUUGCCGCCUUGUUCCCCUUUGACAAUGAGAGCGAUGUUAUUUCUCUUGCCAAUGACACACCUUUCGGUUUAGCUAGUUACUUCUUCAGUCGUGACAUUGGACGUUGCUGGCGUGUUGCUGAGCAAUUAGAGACCGGUAUGGUUGGUGUGAACACAGGUAUCAUCUCUAGUUGCUACACUCCAUUUGGUGGUGUCAAGGAGUCUGGUCUUGGUCGCGAGGGCAGUCAAUUUGGUUUAGAUGACUACAUGCACAUCAAGUACAUUAACAUGGGAGGUAUCUAG